AUGGACAUGUCAACUCUAUUAAUGGAUUCAGAGCACCGGGCGCCGCUGCCUCCGACCAAGACUUCGCGCGGCAGCCAUACCCGUCGCGUUCUCCACGACCUCGACCUCGUCCUCUUCGUCUUCCUCGUCGGCCUGCUGCUCGGCGAGGCGGCGGCGGGCGCCGUGAGACACGAGUACCACCUCACCCCCAAGGAUGGCGACCUGACGAGCCAGGUCGUGCUGCUGAACGGCAGGGCGUUGGCCACCGACGCGGCGGGGAACAUCCCCGCCCUGGAGGCGGUCGAGGUGGACGCGGCGCGGCCCAUCGCCGUCACGCCCUACUCCAUCGUGUUCGCUCGCGUUCCGCAUUUCAGUGCCCCGGCGUGUAGGGUAGAGUAGCGGUUUAGAUGGGUAGAUUCAUAAUGGGUUUGCCGUGAUUGGUGAUGAUGGACAGCUAAGCUUUCCAUCUGGUGAGAUGAGGUGAAGUGAGGUGCAAGGCAUCU